UAAUUUUCAUGUUAAUCUUAAUCGUUUCACCCUCUUUAAAGCUGAGAUCAAGUUGUGGUUUUGGUUCAACUUUCUCCUUUUCAAUUUGCUCUUGAUUUUUUACAUACUUAAAGUGGUCUUGUAGUGCAACAUUAAAGUCAAAUGAGUCUGAUCGAUCACCAAAACCGAUUCCUAUAAAUGCUGAUCGUCCAUUAUCGUCUUGAAUUCUUAAUACAAAAUAUCGUGACGAGUCUGAAACGGGUUCUAUAGCUACACCUGGAUACGCCUCAACAGGACAAUUCGCAAAUAGCUGUCCAUUUACUUUAUCUUCCAAUUUAAUAUUUAAUGCAUUUCCGGAUGUUACCAUUCGCAUCCGUCCGUUCCAUGUUGGUUCAUUAAGGUUCCAGUCUGCAGCUCUGAAAUAGAUAAAAAUUUGAAAUUCAUUAAUACAGCACUAUUAAGUUAUUGGCAAUAGAAAGGAAUUUUAAUAAAAACAGUGACGACAACAAAAAUAAAAAAAAAAUCAAUAUUAAGCUCGUGAGAAAAAUCUGCGAGGCACUGACAUUCUAGCGCGAAUCAACCACAAAACAGCUAUGGAUUGAGAUAACAAGCAUUAUUAUGUGUAUUUUAUGGGAAGUUGGAGAUAAGGAAAUGUUAAUACACAAAGGAUGACUGUAAAAAAAUUAUUUAAAAGAUCAAAAAUCACAAUUCCUUACCUAUAGCCUCGAUUUGUGGAACGUGGUGGUAUUUUAUAGACAAAGACUUCCUGCUUUAUAAGAACGACGCUUUCGUAAGACAUUAUUUAAUUAAUUAUAGUAGAUUAAAGGAGAUUUAAAUCAAAAAUAGUUGACACAGGGUGAUUCUACUGAUUCUGGGGUGUCAAAGUGUGCGAUAAAUUCAGAGAGACAAGAAGCUACGAUAAACUAGCUUUUAACGACCAAAUAAAAUUCGAAUUUAAGCUCAUUACAUUGAAAAAUUAAUACAUUUUUUGUUUGUCUGACUGUCUUGAGGAUAUUUUUCAAAUAUUGAUUACCGUUUUAUUUUUUCAAAUAUUGCUUUACCAGUACUUUGUAAAUAUUUCUGACGAGCUUUCAAAUUAUAAUUAAAAGCUUAAUUUAAAUCUUAAGUACUUUGUACAACGAAUGCGCUCCCGUCUGCUUCGAGUGACUUCAAUAUUAUACACAAUAAUGGGAGAUCAACGUAAUCAGGUAAUCAAAGGAAGUCCGUCUCAAUAUGUAAAGCUGAAUGUAGGAGGAUUUCUGUAUUAUACUACAAUAAGGACUUUAACAAAAGCAGAUUGUAUGCUUAGGGCGAUGUUCUCAGGAAAAUUGGAAGUUUUAACAGAUUCCGAAGGAUGGGUCCUCAUAGAUCGUUGUGGAUUGCACUUUGGUACAAUAUUAAACUUCUUACGGGAUGGAAGUGUCUCAUUGCCAGAAACAUCAAAAUCACUUGCAGAAUUGCUAGCAGAGUCUAAAUACUAUUGUAUAGAGGAACUAGCGGAAUCGUGUGAACGUGCACUGGAUAUAAAAAAGAAAGAAAUUCAGCCAAUUUGUCGUGUUCCUUUAAUUACUUCUUCUUCUGAGGAAAAUUACCUUAUAACAUCAAGUACAAAACCAGCUAUAAAGCUACUGAUUAAUCGACACAAUAACAAGUACAGUUAUACGACAACAAGCGAUGACAAUUUAUUAAAGAAUAUUGAAUUAUUUGAUAAGCUCAGUUUACGAUUCUCUGGACGAAUUCUCUUUAUAAAAGAUGUUAUAGGAUCCAGUGAGAUUUGUUGUUGGUCAUUUUAUGGAAAUGGCAAGAGAGUAGCUGAAGUUUGUUGUACAAGUAUUGUCUAUUCAACGGAUAAAAAACACACAAAAGUUGAAUUUCCAGAGGCCAGAAUUUAUGAGGAAACUCUUCAUACACUUUUAUAUGAAAAUCGUCAAAAUCCAGACGCUGAAUUGCUACAAGCAACAUCAACAAUGAGACCUGGUGCUAUAAGCUACACAUCAGACGAAGAGGAUGCUAGUGGACUUGCUCGAUUACGAUCCAACAAGCAGAGUAAUAUGGCGUCAAAAGUUGAAUAACGACCAGCUUCUAAAUCUCUUGGUAUUCGCGUGUUUAGGCUGAAAUGAGACAUGUGCAUAUUGCGGAUACAGUAACUGGCAUAUGAGAAAUAAUGGUGACACCAACCAAAUCUAAUUCACCUCCAAAAAUGAUGAAUUUAAUUGCUCCAAUAUCUUACAGACACAGAACUAGUAAUAAUAUAAGUUUUCUAACUGUUUUUAAUUAUAUAUUACUGAUGAUAAUAAUACAAUAACUAUGCUAGUUGUCAUAUAUAUAUGAAUGAUUGUUAAUUCAACUAUAUUAACGUUAAUAUAUAUUUAAUAGUCUUAAAUGUAUCUCUGUAAUCUAUAAAAUUGAAUGCUGAAAAAAUGUAUUGUGAGGUUGAUGAUGACAAAUAUAUAUGAAAU